AUGAUUGACAGAACUACUCGCUGGCCUGAAGCGGUGCCUUUACCCUCCAUCUCUACUGAGUCCUGUGUGAGAGCGUUCAUCUCUACCUGGGUUUCCAGAUUUGGAGUUCCAGCAACAUUAACUUCAGACAGAGGUGCUCAGUUUACGUCCUCUGUGUGGGCCGGAGUCUGUCGAAUCCUCGGAAUUUCUGCCUCUCAGAAAACAAGUUUCCAUCCACAAGCUGCUGACUCUGACUGGGUUUCUCACAUACCUCUGGUUUUGUUGGGACUCCGUUCAGUUCCUAUAGAAGACACUGGUUUCUCCGUCUCAGAGGCAGUGUACGGUUCUCCCCUGACGGUUCCUGGUGAAUUCUUAGAAGCUCCAGAGAUUCCAAAUGCACAAUUCAUCAGCAAGGUGGAGAAAGUUAUAGCCGGAUUUUCAGCUCCUCCGCCCCAUCACGUUCAGUAUUCGCCUCCAGUUGAGGUUCCGGCGGCUCUCAGGACCGCCAUGUUUGUGUUUGUUAGAGAAGAUGCAAGCAAACCUUCACUCAGUCCUCUAUAUUGUGGUCCUUACCUGGUUAUCGAAUGGCUGAGUAAGUUCUUCCGCCUCCAGAUUGGUGACAAGGUAGAUUCAGUUACCGUGGACCGUCUAAAGCCAGUGUUCUCAGAUUCUCCAGUGAUUCCUGCAGCCCCUCCGCCGCAAGGACGUCCUCCUCUGCGACAAUCAAAGGAUCCUCCUGAUCAUUCAUCCGCCGCAAAGUCAUCCGCCUCCAAGAAGAAGUCUGUUUUGUUCCUAACCCAACCUAUAGUUAUACCAAGAAGGAAUCCUCACAGACAAGUCAGGAAAGAAGGCCUUGCUCCACCGUGA